AUGGCCAAAGGAACUGAUAAAGGCAGAAUACCUCUGCGCCGCCACACCUUCCCCUCCACCCUAACCGGUCUAACGAUAUCGUAUGGCUACCAUGUGAACCCUUUCAACAAGGUAUUGCCAGAGGGUCUCAAACGACUGGACCUCAGCUAUGCCCAAUAUCAUAAUGAUAGUGUCAUAACUGGUGGACUGCCAAGUACAUUGGAAACACUCAUACUGACGAGACAACACAGCUCCCAUCUUAAGCCUGGCUCACUACCACUUGGCCUCAAGUCGUUGAUCAUUGAGUCGUCCUACGAGCAUGUUUUGGAUGACACGAUACUGCCUCGAUCACUCACUCAUCUCAACCUCAAAGGCGGACACACCCAACCACUUGGCAAGCUUCCAGACAGCCUCACUGACCUAUCCAUCGAACUAUUCGGCACUGGCAUUAUUAGCCACAGACCAUUGAUCAAACUACUUUUGGAGUCAUACCAAACACUCAAUCCAGACAUUAUCUUUGAGCAUCUCAAAGACCUUACAUUCUUCAAAUUGCGCACGAGUGAUAUCUCCAGCAUCACCUCUACAAGAUUCCCAAAUCUCCGCGAUCUAAGUAUAGUAUUCCCGGACGUCACUGGCAAUGGCCUGAUAGAUCUCUCAGGUCUGCCAUCAUCAAUUAGACGUCUCACAUUGUGGGCAUUUCAUCUUCAAUCACCAUAUGGACCGAUUCCAAAUGGAGUGGAGGAGGUCAACUUAUAUGGCGAUCAUGCAUUCGACGCUGGAAUCAUCCCGACAUCAGUAACAAGCCUAUUCCUACAAGGUGUAUAUUUGACGUUGCCUGCCAAAGAAGGUGAUGCGGUACCCUGGACAAUUCCACCAUCAGUUCGCAAGCUUCAGAUCCAUUUCUCACCGACGCCAGCCAUCCACUUCUUGCCCUUGUUGCCCAUGACCAUUCAAGUAGUCGGACUAACUAUCGAUCCUAAAAAAGGAUCUGAACAACUUAGAAGGAUAUCAGAGACAGUGUUCUUCAUCAUGAUGCCAAGCCUGAUGGACAGUGGAUUCAUCGAUGUCACAACAGCCAAGUUCACCAAAGUGCUUAAAGCUGUCUCAUAA